GGUGCAUAUAUGCGUUAUGGAGCACAGGAAAAAGGAGUGCAGGUGUACCUCUUUACAUCGGAAAAGGUUAUCACUGUUCAAAUCAUCGGACGGAAAGAAGAUUCGACAAAAUAUGGACGCGCAAUCAUUACAGAAUUAGAUUUGAUUUUUGAGCAAUUUUUAAAAACUUUUUAUAAAUCUUUAACAAAACAUAAAAUCGGAUAUUUGUGCAAUAAUAAAAAUGGCUAUGAAAAGAAUUCCCAUGAACAUUGCAUUAUAACAGAAAAAAACAAUGCAUAUUGCAAGUCAUGUGAGAGUGUUUUCGAAACAGAGAUAGAGAAAGCUAAAGAGUUUUGGGGACAAGAUAGUGAAAAGGAGUCUGAAGUGGAAAGCCCAAGAUCAUCAGAAACACAGUUGAUAACUCGAUGUUGUCGUGUGUAUAUGGAAGUUUUAUAUAAAUUCUCCGAUCAUCUUAAACCAGAGAAAAGCACAAACAAAGGUGCUUUCUGUCACAAACACACAACUGCUAAAGUUUUAAUUUUCUGA